AAUGCACUGAUUAAUCCAAUGAUUAUGGAGUAUAUAUAAGCCGCUUCAACUGCAAGUACAAAAAUUAACACUGCAUGCUUGAUCCUUACUUCAAAGUAGCAACUAAGUGUCAGGACACUUACAGAUGCUUCACCCAGUGACCUACCCCGAGGGAUCACAUUUGACAUCCUUCACUGAUUUAUAAUCAUUUGGACAAGAAGACGAUUCUGAUAUAAAUAUUUUGAAUGAUUCUCUUAGGAUAUGGUUAUCACAGACUUCAGAGCUGAUGCCUUUGAUUCUAGUGGUUGGACUUUCAAUGAUGUCCUGACUUGACCAAGAAAUGAAACAAAUCAUUCUUGCGUAUAGUGCUACUGCUAGGUUUGUGAGAAUCAUAGAAUGGAGAAACUGUGAGUGGGGUGGAUAUAGUUUUAACAGAUCAUGGAUUAUGAAAUCCAAGAGGCACGUGGGACCUCAUACAGUAACUUGUCAAGAAAGGAAGCAUGACGAGAGGCAGUACUUGGAUGCUAUUGAGGAAAUCAUCAGUCGAGGUGUGCGACGAGAAAACCGCACAGGGAUAGAUACAUUGUCAAUAUUUGGCAUGCAGAUGAGAUACAGUCUACGUGACAGUUUUCCGCUGUUGACGACAAAGCGUGUGUUCUGGCGUGGUAUUGCUGAGGAACUGCUGUGGUUUAUCCGAGGGUGUACCAACGGCAAGGAUCUCGAGGACAAGAAUGUCAACAUCUGGAAAGCCAAUGGUUCCCGAAGUUUUCUGGACAAUCUUGGACUAACACAUCGAGAAGAAGGAGACCUGGGUCCGGUGUAUGGGUUCCAGUGGCGGCACUUCGGUGCAGAGUACAAGGACAUGCACUCCGACUACACAGGACAGGGCGUGGACCAGCUGGCCGACGUCAUCGACAAGAUCAAGAAUCGUCCAUUUGAUCGCCGGAUAAUCAUGUGUGCUUGGAACCCGACAGAUCUGUCGAAAAUGGCGCUGCCACCAUGCCAUUGCCUUGUACAGUUCUAUGUUGCGGAGGGGGAACUGUCCUGUCAGCUGUACCAGCGAUCAGCCGAUAUGGGUCUAGGUGUGCCGUUCAACAUCGCCAGCUACUCCCUCCUAACGUACAUGAUCGCCCACGUCACUGGGCUGAAGACUGGAGACUUUAUCCACACUAUCGGAGAUGCUCAUGUGUACGUCAACCAUGUCGAGGGGCUAAAGGAACAGAUUAAGCGACAACCUAAACCAUUCCCCAUUUUUAAGAUGAAGAAAACUGUGGAAAGUAUCGAUGAUUUUACCAUGGAGGACUUUGAAAUAGUGGGAUACAACCCCCAUCCCAAAAUCAAGAUGGACAUGGCAGUGUGACAUGCUAGGGGUACACCCGUCUUCCUACACCCGUCUUCCUACACCUGCUGCUAACACCUCAAUAAUACCUGCUGCCUCUCUAUGUCCUGUGAUCAUACCAAGAUGACAAUUUGUAGAUUGGAAGAAGUAUUUAGCAUGUAAAGGGAAGUAACUGCACGCUAUAUUGGAUGGCAUUAUUUUCUAAUAUUGUUGCAUUUCACUGCCUGGGUCGUGUGUUCAAGACAUCGAAUAUUAAAGCAUUUCUAUUUUUACAAGAAAUGGGAAAAAAAGAAA